UUCGUGCGUCAGUCCAGGUGCGACGCUCAAGGACAUACCUGUUUCCGCCAUUUCAAAACUUCGCACAGGUGUAACGUUGAUGUUGGUUAUCACUGCAUGGAUUAAGCAGGAUGGCAUCUUACAUGAUUACUUUUGUUGUGAUUAUUUCUUCGUUUAUUUUCGGUGGCUUUGCUCAGCUACAACUGAAUCCAAACCCACUGCGACUCACUAAUGGAGCUGCCAGUGGUUCUCUUCAGAUUUCCUGUGGAAUUCCCAGUGGUGUUACUGCCUCAAAAGUAUAUGUUAUUGGUAUCUCACGUUAUUUGAAAACAGCGCCCACAACAGAACAGACACUAGCAAAAGCAGAAGAUGGUGUCAAUCAAGGACAAGCAUCCUUUGCUACUAACAGUGGUCUCACUCAGAACACAGCAACAGUGUCUGGCAGUACAACUCAGAAGUCAAUGACACUGACACUGACACAGGCAAAGUGUGAAGAUGCCGGUACUUAUGUCUGCCAAAUUCCUUACAAUGCAGCUCCUGAUGGUAGCUUACAGAUAAAGACUAUAGAUGUCAGUGACAAUUUCACUGUCAUAGUUCCUCCUGGAAACAUAACCAUUACUGCAGAUCCACAAAUUGAAGUCGGAAACUACUUAGUGGGCCAACAUGUGACGUUCUCAUGUAAUGGCAUGAUCGGAACUUACGACCCAGCUAUAGGGGAAACUUGGCAGUGGUCAUGGCAAUACCAGGAUUAUGAGAGCUACAGCUGGACACCCUAUCAAAAUCAAAAUGACAUCACCAAGGACCAACCUGUUAAAGGGACAAGUUCAUGUCAGUAUCAUCAGAUCAGCAAACUUAUAGUUAACCUGACUCUUGAGGACUCCCAGCGAACAUACAAGUGUACUGUACAAGCAGCCAAUAACCAAGGCUCUUCUGAUGCUCAGUAUACUCUGGGAAUUGUUGCUGAUACAGACUUGUCAACUCCAGAAACAGAUGCUAACAGUGGUGGUAAUGGAGCUGCCAAAGCCAGUGUGACUGGAGCCAUUGUUGGUGGUGUUAUUGGAGGACUUAUUCUCAUUGCCAUUGUCAUCGUCCUGGUCUAUUUUCUGUGGUACCGAAAACGAAGCUCAGGAGAAAAGUAUUCAGCGCGAGAUCCUGAGCCGAAACCGGCUGAACCAGCUCCAUACACAUAUCCUCCUGCCAGUACUGGAGAUGUCUCCUAUGCCAAGAGUAAUAAUCGCUUCAACAAGAACCGUGACAAUAAGGGUGUUGACAACAAAGCAAUGGAUGAGAAAGCAGAAGGGCCUCCACGCUAUGAGUCCCGCAAGCCUCCACAGUAUGAUAACGACUAUAGGAAGGGUGGCCGCAACCCUGGAUUUCAAGAUGAUGACCGCCGUGCUCCAAGGGCUCGCACCAACAGUUCUGAUGAUGGGGGUACUGACACUGCUAGUGUGGGGGAUGGUAAUCCCAACUUUGGCACAGCCAUUUGAAGUGUGUGCAUUGUGGCAGUCACACACAUCCAGGCAGUGUAUAAAGCAUCCCUGGCUUUGUACAGCUUUAGUCCCACGACGACAGAAAUAUUUGUGCCCAAUAUUUCUUGGGUAACGCUUAGGGGAUUUUCUUUCUUUCAGAUCUCAUAAAACCACAAAAAUAUAGAAAAAUUCCUGGGUCAUUUUUGGAGUAUGUGGAAGGAGAUUUUGAAAUCUGUUUAUUAAUGCAGGGCAUGCUCGUGCAAAUGUUGAUUAUUCACAGUUCCAUUUGCUCUUCCUUUAAAAAAAAAAAGAAUUAUACAACAGAGAAAAGCAUGCAGGUUAUUUUGGCAGGUGGCUGCUCAGAGUUUAUUUUUUGUUUAAGCAUAUACAAACAUUAGAGUCAUGCCUAUACAUUAUGUACUAAUGUUUGUGUUUUAUAUUUAGCACAUCUUGCAGCAAAGUGACAGUAUAAUCUCAUCUGGUUUUGCACUUAUUUCUCAAGGCAGAGAUACAUUUAGGAGUACAAAUAACUUGGUAUAAGUAUCAGACAUGAGAAGUAUGUGCUUGUAAUCAGAACCGAACAGUAGAGUAUGCAGAGAGAAAUCAUAAAAGCAGUGUUUUCGUGCUUUUGGAAGAGUUACUUUUUUGUGAGAAGUGAAUUUACAUGUAUUGCAACAGUGUGUUAGAAAAUCAGGAGGGUGGUUGUACAAAUAAGCUGAUAUCUUUUAUCCAUGAUAGAAUGAAACUUGAAAAAACUAUAAUUAUAAAACAUAUCAAAUGCUGUAUUCUUCAUGCGUUGUAACUAGCUUUGAAGUUGUACUGUGCUUUUCUGUGAAUGCAUAAAUUGCCAUGAUUUAGGAGGUAAAUCAUUCAUCAUUCAACUGUCAUAAACCUUCCUCAAGCUGUCCGGAGAUAUCUGAUUUUUCUGACCAUUCUUGUUGGAAAUUAGGGUUCAUAAUAACUUGUGUCAUUUUGUUAUAUUUUAGGAUCAUCAGUUAAAGAUCUGGUAAGGUUUUAUGAAUUAUUACUGUGAGGCGAUUGCUUUUAGAUAAGCCAGUCUUAAAUACUUUUGGCUAGAUGUUCUGAUUUACAGAUCUAGACAUAAUUAAAUAAUUGGGUGGCUUCUGCUGAGCUGUUGUGAAAAAUGAAAGUAAGUACGAUUCACACUACCUUGCAGCAAGAUGAGUAAAAACUUAAGAAGACUUAAGAAGCCUUAGAAUAAAGUUGGCAUUUUUUCCAUUAAUCAAUCUUUACAUCAUGUGGGCUAUUAUUGUAUACCUGUUAUAUUGUGAUUAUUUGUUCAAUACACUCAAUUAUGCAGUGCUGUUCCCUUCUAUGCUGUUCUGUUCUUUAGUAUUUUGUAUUUCUGUCUCCUUUUUAGGCUUCUUUUCACCUUAAUUUCUGUAGUGAAUCUUGCCUUUGCUGCCUGUACACUUUUCCCAUGUCUCCCUCACCUAAGUAAUAUUAUUUUCCUACUUUGCAAAUUAGUUUAUCAACAAAUAGCUUUUACCAUUUUGAUAUUCUUUAGCCAUUUUUGUCAUGGCAUUUUUUAAAUAGUGAUUAAUGAGUUACUAGAGAGAGAAGAUUCAAUGUUAGUCCUGCAACAAGUGUAUCCCAACUGAAGAAAAGAAGGCGUUGCAUAGCAUUUAUGAGCUAGCAGUUUUCAGUAGGUAACCAAGAGUGAUUUUAAAAUGCAUUUUCCAACUUAAGUAAAUAUUUAGUCAUAAAAGCUGUUGGCGAUAGCAUGUAGGGAUGGAUGCAUUGGUAUCCUAGGAAAAUGUAAUAGUAGCAUCAUAAUAUCAUUUUGUGAUGAUUCUUUGUGAAAGUGUCUCAGUCAUUCUUUAUAAUUAGGGUACAUUCAUACCAUGAUGAUUAUGAUGAUAAUAGUCCCAGGGACGCAGAGAGUUUUUUUCUGUUUUGGCAAGGGAGUGGGGUGGGGGCAGGAAGUAAGUGGUCUAUGGCAUGCUAAUAGAUUAUUGGUCUGUCUUAACCAUCCUGCUGAAGUGUGCAGCUUUUGCAAUCAGAAGACUUAAAAUAUUUAUGGAAUUCUAGCAAUUAGUGUUUAUUGUGGCUUCAUAGUUAGUGAUUGCACGAACUGCUCAAAGAUAUCUUGGUAUUUUGCUUUGCUUCUCUUCAUUUUUUCUCUUCCCAUCAACCAUUGUUCAUUCUUUUCCUUCUAAUGUUAAUAUUUUGUCAAUUUGAAUGUGUGCAUGAACAUACUUGCGUGCACUUUGUACAGUGUACAUGUCUUUUUUGUCCAUGCAUUCUACACAAUUUUGUUUGUACUAUCUUCAUGACAACAUGAGUUAAUCUAUUUGCCUUAACUACAUUCCUUGCGAUGACAUAAUUGUUAGUUUUUUUGCUGAUUGAUUUUUUUUAAUUCAUAUGUGUGUGUGUGCAGAAUACUGUGGAAAUAUAUCCCUUAUAGCCUUUCCAAAUUCUAAAGCAAGUAGAUUGAAUCAUGACAUUUUCAUAUAUCUACAACAUAUCAUUAAGCUUGUGUGCAUUUUAAUCCAAAUUGUUCCAUGUAAGCAAACAUAUCAAUAAAUUUGAAUACAUUAUUUUUUACUCUUUUUCCAUGUAAUCAUUACAUUGCGUAUUCUUUUAUGCUGAUGCCUGCCUUUUACUUAAUGAUUAAUAUUUUACCAUUUGGAGGCAAAAUUCAUCCCUGAAAAAAUUAAGUUCUUUAUUGAUUUACACUCAUGAGGUAUUUGUGAGUUGUUGGAUGAUUAAAGAAAAUUAAUAGUUACUCAUUUAAAGUGAUUUUAAUUUUAGUAAUAAUCUGCAUGUCUGAUUUAGAAUGCAAUAGGCCUUACAGAAAAUGAGAUGAAAUUUUAUAAUUUGGGUUGUUUUAUAUGUGAAUUAUCUCUCAUACACACUUGAGUUCUGAGAAGUUUGUUGAAAUAGGCGUGGUGCCUGUAACUUGCAUGAACAUCCACAUAAAGCAGCAAGCAGGACAGUGUGAGUAGGCCUCCUAGUGUUAAGACAGGACUUACCUAUUUCAUAUCCAAACCACAAGCUUUAUUUACUCCAGUAUCAUGUUUGCCUUUAGCCUUUUUUAGGCCUUAUACUUCUUCGAAAGCAUUUUAUACGUUUGUUCCCUGAUGCGUAAAGGUAUGGCAGUUGCAGAAGUAUACACAGAGAUUGUGAUGGACAAUGUAUAUCUUUUUUUAAAUUCCAGUUUAUUCUUUUAAUAAUAUAAAUACUAACAUUUCAUCAUUUUACGUAGUUUUGAAACUUUUGAACAAUAAAAAACUAUAAAUAUAA